AUGGCAGAGGAGAACCAGAGUCAGGUGACCGAGUUUGUGCUUCUAGGUUUUUCCCAGGAACGGCCCUUCCUCUUCCUCAUCUUCCUGGCCAUUUACUUGGUCACGGUGCUGGGCAACACUGCAAUCCUUGCACUCAUCUUCCUGGAUUCCCGUCUCCACAGUCCCAUGUACUUCUUCCUCAGUCACCUCUCUUGCUUGGAUAUUUGCUAUUCAUCAGUCACAGUGCCCAAAAUCCUGGUGAACACCCUCCAUCUGCAGACAACCAUCUCCUACCAGGGGUGCCUGGCUCAGAUGUUCUUCUUGAUGGGGUGUGCAGGGGCUGAGUGCGCACUCCUGGCCGUCAUGGCCUAUGACCGCUAUGCAGCAGUCUGCCAGCCUCUGCGCUACACUCGUGUCAUGCGGUGGGAUGUCUGCAUGGUGGCAGCUGCCGGCUGCUGGCUCUGGGGAAUGCUGGACUCUGCCGUGCACACCUUCCUCGCCUCUAGGUUGUCCUUCUGCGGGGUAGCCCAGGUCCAGCACAUCUUCUGCGAUGUCCCCCCGCUACUGAGGAUUGCCUGCAGCAACACCCGCCCCAGUGAAGUGGCACUCCAUGUUGCCAGCAUCUUUGUGGGCCUCAGCCCCUUCCUCUUUGUUGUCAUCUCCUACCUCCGCAUCCUGGUUGCCGUGCUCAGGAUGCCAAUGGCGGUCAGCCGGCACAAGGCCUUCUCUACGUGUGCUGCACACCUGCUUGUGGUUGUGCUGUAUUUCGGAAUGGCCAACCUGAACUACAACCGCUCCAGUGCUGGCUACUCGCCGGAGGCAGACACGCUGGUCUCUGUGCUGUACUGCAUCGUCAUCCCCAUGCUGAACCCCAUCAUCUACAGCCUCCGCAACCAGGAGGUGCGCGGUGCCCUGAGGAAGGUGUUGCAGUGA